UUCUUAGGCACUAACGGGACUCUAAAAGUAAAGUAGCCCCCAACAAGACACUAAAUAUCUAUAUAAACGUAUCACAUAGUCAUAUUCUUGCUGCAUUCCAAAGCAAUAGGCAAUUAUAGGAAACAAAUAAUUAAAUGUCGUCUAAAGUUAGUCCCUCUCUUUGCUUGAUAGUGUUCUUCUUCCUCUUCUUAACCUUCACUUAUGCAACAACACUUGGCCCUGUCACCUCAACCAAUACUCAAUAUGAGGUAUUGGAAGAUGGAAAGGUGAACAUAGAAGAGAAUUGUGAGGGUAUUGAAGAAGACGAUUGUUUGAUGCGAAGAACACUUGUGGCUCAUACAGAUUAUAUCUACACACAAAAGCAAAAUCCAUAGGUUUAAAGAUUGUUUUCUACACCUUGUUGUAAUUUUAUGUAUAACCAUAAGUUAUCUUUCAUAUGAACAAUAGUUUUUGACCUUUGAAGAUUUAGAUAUGUUAUGUACUAGUAAUAUGUUUGUUUAGUUUUUUGUGUGUCUAUAUACUAAUUUCUGUAGAUAAGUAUUUUGAUAUAUUUUAAUUUAUACAUAAUUGGAGUUCUUUUUUCUUUUCUUUUUUGGGGGUUGGGGGUAGAAAUGUAUCCAGUUUGAUUAGACAUAUUAAAGUAUAAGCUGUAAAGUUGGGACUUGUUUGGCAUAAAGCCAACAAAAUGGAUCCAAAGUCACUUGUUUUGUAAAGCGAAUAAUAACUUUUGCAGGAGAAAAUAAAGCUAAAAAUUAUUGA